CGGGCCGAGUCGAGUCUAUCCAGCCGCGAUGGAGGGGGGCGAGACGGCGGGCUUGCUGGCGGAGCGCGGCCCGGGCCGGCUCAAGACGUACCGGCGGCGGUGGUUCCUGCUGGCCGUGGUGUGCCUGCUGAACUGCUCCAACGCCAUGCUAUGGCUGACAUUUGCUCCAGUGGCUGACCAGACUGCUGCCUACUUCCACAUUUCCCUGGAGAUGGUCAACUGGCUCUCAAUAGUGUACCUGCUCAUCUCAAUCCCCUUUGGUCUGGUGGCAACAUGGGUUCUUGACAGUGUGGGGCUCAGAUGUGCUGUGAUCCUGAGUGCAUGGCUGAAUAUGAUGGGUAGCAUCAUCCGGAUGUUCAGCGUCCUGAAGUUCAUGAGCUUGGGCUCCCAGAAUUACUGGUACCUGUUUGUUGGGCAGUGCCUCUGUGCAUUGGCUCAGCCUCUUGUCAUCUUUUCACCAACUAAGCUGGCAGCUUUAUGGUUCCCAGAUCACCAGAGAGCAACUGCAAAUAUGAUCUCAUCCAUGUCCAAUCCCUUGGGUAUUCUUAUAGCAAACGUUCUGUCACCUGCACUAGUUCCUGAAGGAAGGCACAUCCCAUUGAUGCUAGGUGUUUAUGCCAUUCCUGCCCUAACGGCCUGUGUUCUAGCUACUGUGGGGAUUCGUGAGAAGGUUCCUCCAACACCUCCUUCAGCCAGUGCCACUAACUCCACCUCUCAGCCUUUCUUCAUGGGGCUCAAAAUGCUCCUGAGAAACAAGCCGUACAUCAUCCUGGCAGUGUGCUUUGGAGGAGGAAUUGGGAUGUUCACCUGCUUUUCAGCUCUGCUAGAACAAAUCCUUUGUGAAAAGGGUUAUUCAAACGUAUUUGCUGGCCUGGAUGGUGCUCUGUUCACAGUGUGCGGUUUGUUGGGUGCCUUCCUGCUAGGAUUGUAUGUUGACCGGACAAGGAAUUUCAUAGAGUCCACUAAAGUCUGUUUCUGUCUGAGUGCCCUUGCCAGCAUCAUUUUUGCAGUGGCUUCUCGGUUCAGACAUCAGGCCAUUGCUCUGGCCAUCUCCUGCUCAAUCUUUGGUUUCUUUGGUUUUGCCAUGUACCCUGUUGCCAUGGAGCUGGCAGUGGAGUGUUCUUAUCCUGUGGGAGAAGGCACAUCUACAGGACUGAUUUUUGUUGCAAGCCAGAUUGAAGGUGUGGCUUUUAUGAUUCUGCUGCAAGCCCUCACUGUCCGUGUUUCUAAGGACCCAUCUUCUACCUGCGCUCUUGACCAGGAUGGAGCCCUAGACUGGACAACUCCAGUCCUGUUGAUGGCAGGCCUCUGCAGUGCCAUGGCAUGUUUCUACGUCAUCUUCUUUCACACUGACUACAAGCGGCUCCAUGCUGAGACAAACAGUAGUGACACGGUCAAGGCAGAAGAUACAGGAUCAGAUGAUGUUCCUGAAGCCUAAUCCAGCUGAGGAGGGCAUACCAAGGGACCAGUCAGGGAAGGACUCAGGCCUGUGAGCAGGGUUCAGGACUGCAUGUGCUCAGCUGGCAGGCGGGGAUAUGGGUCCUGCUGCAAAACAAGCACUU